GGGGGGGGGGGCCGCUCCGCCCGGCGGGGACGCGGCGCUGCCCCGCACAAAGGCGGCGGGAGCGUCCGGUGCGGCCGCUCCGCUCCCCCGGCACCCCCCGGUACCCCCCCCCCGGUACCCCCCCCCUCCCCCGGCAUUCCCCUCCCCACCCCCGGCACCCCGCCAGCGCCACCGCCCGCCCGGGGUUCCGGGCACCGGGUCGGGGCAGCGGGAGCACCGGGAGCGCCAAGUCCGGGCAGCGGGAGAAGCGCUGCGGAGCACCGGGAGCGUCUGGUCCGGGCAGCGGGAGCCGUCCCGCCCCGCACGGUAGACCGGGACACCGGUAGCCGUCCAGCCGGGCACCGGGAGCCGUCCAGGCGCGACUGGGAGCCGUCCAAGCGGGACCGGAGCAUAUUCAGUCACCGGGGAGUCUUCCAGGCAGCACCGGGCACGGCAGAUCCGGUCACCGGGAGCCAUCCAGGCAGCACCGGGCACGGCAGAUCCGGACAGGAGGACCGGCGGGCCGGCUGGGCACCGGGCACCAUAAAUCUGGGCACAGCGGCUCAGGGCGCCAUGGGCCCCCCCAGCGUGCUGUCCGCCCUGGCCUGGCUGCUGGUGGGGCUAAGCGUGCCGGCGCCGUGCUGGAGCCAGCUGCACGGUGAGAAGGGCAUCUCCAUCCCCGACCAUGGCUUCUGCCAACCCAUCUCCAUCCCGCUCUGCACCGACAUCGCCUACAACCAGACCAUCAUGCCCAACCUGCUGGGUCACACCAACCAGGAGGACGCGGGGUUGGAGGUCCACCAGUUCUACCCCUUGGUGAAGGUCCAAUGCUCGUUGGAGCUCAAGUUCUUCCUCUGCUCCAUGUACGCGCCGGUCUGCACGGUGCUGGAGCAGGCCAUCCCGCCGUGCCGCUCCAUCUGCGAGCGGGCACGCCAGGGCUGCGAAGCCCUCAUGAAUAAAUUCGGUUUCCAAUGGCCGGAGCGAUUACGUUGCGAGAAUUUCCCCCGGCAUGGCGCCGAGCAGAUCUGCGUGGGGCAGAACCAUUCGGAGGACGGCGGUUCGCCAGCGUUGCUCACCAGUGCCACGCCGUUGGCUGGUCAGGGGACCCCAGGUGCCCCUCGUUAUGCCACCCUCGACCACCCCUUCCACUGUCCACGGGCGCUGAAGGUGCCCAGCUACCUCAACUACAAGUUCUUGGGCGAGAAGGACUGUGCGGCACCCUGCGAGCCCACCCGGCCCGAUGGCCACAUGUUCUUCAACGAGGACGAGAUCCGUUUUGCCCGUAUCUGGAUCCUCAUCUGGUCCGUCCUGUGCUGCGCCUCCACCUUCUUCACCGUCACCACCUACCUGGUGGACAUGCAGCGUUUCCGCUACCCUGAGCGACCCAUCAUCUUCCUCUCGGGGUGCUACACCAUGGUUUCGGUGGCCUACAUCGCCGGCUUCGUGCUGGAGGAGAGGGUGGUCUGCAACGAGCGUUUCCAGGAGGAUGGCUACCGCACGGUGGUGCAGGGCACCAAGAAGGAAGGUUGCACCAUCCUCUUCAUGAUGCUCUACUUCUUCAGCAUGGCCAGCUCAAUCUGGUGGGUCAUCCUCUCCCUCACCUGGUUCCUGGCCGCUGGCAUGAAGUGGGGCCACGAGGCCAUCGAGGCCAACUCCCAGUACUUCCACUUGGCCGCCUGGGCCGUGCCGGCCGUCAAGACCAUCACCAUCCUGGCCAUGGGACAGAUCGACGGGGACCUGCUGAGCGGCGUCUGCUUCGUGGGCCUCAACAACAUCGACCCUCUCCGGGGCUUCGUGUUGGCCCCACUCUUCGUCUACCUCUUCAUCGGUACCUCCUUCCUUCUGGCCGGCUUCGUCUCCCUCUUCCGCAUCCGCACCAUCAUGAAACACGGCGGAACCAAAACGGAGAAGCUGGAGCGGUUGAUGGUUCGCAUCGGGGUCUUCAGCGUCCUCUACACUGUCCCGGCCACCAUCGUCAUCGCUUGUUAUUUCUACGAGCAGGCUUUCCGUGAGCACUGGGAGCGCAGCUGGAUCAGCCAGAACUGCAAGAGCUUGGCCAUCCCCUGCCCGCUCCACUUCACCCCCCGCAUGACCCCCGAUUUCACCGUCUACAUGAUCAAGUAUCUCAUGACUCUCAUUGUGGGCAUCACCUCCGGCUUUUGGAUAUGGUCGGGUAAAACCCUGCACUCGUGGAGGAAGUUCUACACGCGACUCACCAACAGCAAGCAGGGCGAGACGACGGUGUGACCCCCCCUCCCCGAGCCUGGCCGCUGCCGCCCUUCGGCUUGAAUUUUUUUGGGGGGGGUUUAUUAUAUAUUUUUUAUUUUUAGAUUUAUUAACGUCUAAGGGGUGUCUCUCUUUCUCUUUGGUUUUUUUUUUUUUUGUAAUUAAACCUGUAAAUAGCAUUUGUAAAUUUAAUUAUAUAUUUCUAUUUAAAACAAAAAAGAGGGAAAAAAAGGAGAAAAGGGAGAAAAAAAGGAGAAAGGGGAGAGAAAAAAAAGGAGAAAAGAGAGGGGAAAAAAGAAAAGGGGAGAGGGAAAAGAGAAGAGGGAGAGGAAAAGGAGAGAAAAAAGGAGGGAAGAAAAGGGAGAAAAAGGAAAAAAGGAGGGAGAAAAAGGAGGGGAGAAAAAAAGGUUGGGAAACGAGAAAAAGGAGGGCAAAAAAGGAAAAAAAAAAGGAGAAAAAGGGGAAAAAACCUGCCGAGAUGGGGAGAGAAUUCUCGCCCUCCUCUCCCCCUCUCUCCGCUACCCGGGUUGGGAUCCCCCCUCCCCGCGGGGCCGCCGGGGGCUGUUGGCGUUGGCCGAGGGGCUCCAGGAACGGCUCCGGGAAUGGCCCUGGGCCCACUCCGGACUGGUUCUCCCCAGGCACGGGCAGCUCCGCCGAGCCCUGGAAAAAGGGGGGUAAAAAAAAAAAGAAAAAAAAAACCCAUAAAAAUCCCAUUUUUCUCCCUCUCCUUUUGGAACCUCCCGAAGAAAGUUGAUUUUUUUAUUACCUACCCCCUUUGCUUGCUCCCAAAAGAUGCUGUGACAGGGCUGCCCUCUGCCCAGCCACCCGCGGUUGGGGUCUCUGCCUGUACCCCUGCCUGCACCGCCCUGCCUGUACCUUCUCCCCAGCUUGGCCGCAGACUUUUCCUCCCAAAUUACUUUUUAAACAGUCCUUUGCAAAUACAAACGACUAAAAAAAAACCGCUAACUUAUUCCCGAGGGCUUUUUUUUCCCCUAAAAAAAUCAAGAAUUAAAUGGGGGGGGGGGGUGUCCCAUGGGUGCUGCCAGGCCCCCGCUCCGCUUCCAUCGCACUGUGGGGAUGAGCCAGCAUCUCCCUCCAGCUGGAACAAAGCGCUUUGCACGGGAAAAAUAUCUAUUUAACCCCCAAAAUAAGAAUUUUUUGGUUUGCAAUGGAAGGGGGGGGGCCUCUCCUGUGCCCCCCCCCCCCCCCCGGAGGAAAUAGCUGACAUUUUCUAUAGGAUUAGGGGGUUUUGGCUCCGAUCCCAAGUCUCCGGAGAAAAGCGGGUCCCAGCUCUGGUUCGGCUUGUCGGGAUUUGGGCGAUGCUGG